AUGGGUAAUCUUGAUUUUGUUAAGAAUUCCAUAACAGAAAUGAAAAGUGAAAAAAAGCCCCUUCUAAAUUCUAAAACAAAUUUAUCAUUUAACAACAAAUUGAAUACAGAUAAAUUGAAAUAUGAUUUUGUUGAAAAUUUGACACCAUCCUCAUCUGUAGGUGGACAAUUAUCAGGAAAAAUUAUUAAUAUUGAAGGAAUACCAAAAACAUCGUCAUCACCAUCACCAGCAACUGUUGGUACACCAUCACAUUUUGUACCAUUAGAACAACAAAUGUGUCCAGCAUUAAUUUAUUCUGAACCAGCAUUAAAUGAAAAUUUUCAUAAUUAUGAACCAUUAGUUAGAUUAUCAGCAUUUUCUGAAACAGCUCUUCAACAUCUUUAUGAUCAAGAUAUUAAUGAAGAUGUUCCACCAUUUGAUAAUGCAUCAUUAUUUGACAUUAAUAGAUUACGUCAUAAUAAAAAAAGUCUUGGAAGAGAAUCUGUGGUACAAUCAAAUGCUACAUUAGCUUAUGGUGAAUCAAUACAAUCUGUUAUUACAACAACAACAUUACAAACGGGUACAAAUCAACAUAAACAAUCUUUUAGUACUAGAGAGAUACGUGAACAACAUAUGGAAAUACAAAAAAAAUAUAGACCAUCAAAAAAAAGAAAUUUUACUGAUCCUGUUGAUUUUGAAGGUAUUCUUAAUAUUAUUGGUGGUUGUUCAUGGUGGCAAAUGUGGGUAUAUUUGCUAAUUAGUUUUCAACAAAUACCUCAUGCAAUGUUUAAUUUAAAUGUUGUAUAUAUGAUGUAUCAACCUGAUCAUUGGUGUCAGGUUGACGGGUUUGAAGAUAAUUUUAAUUCAUCAAUUGUAUAUAAAUGGAAUUUAACUGAUGCAAUGAAUACAGCAAUUGUUUUUAAUUUAACAAAUACUAAUCAACGUGAUGUUAAUUAUUAUCAUGAUCAAUGUAAAUAUUUUGAUAGAGGUUCACAACGUUAUCGUGAAUUAAGGCAAAUGGAUUUAAAAGAUGCAAUAUUAGAAAUUGAAAAAGAAAAAAAUAAUCCUAAUAUUAAACCUGUUAAUUUAACUAAAUGUAGAAAAUGGAUGUAUGCUGAUGAUGUUAUGACAAGAACUAUUGUAACAGAAUGGAAUUUAGUUUGUGAAUAUAAUUUUCAUCGUGCUCAUGCUCAUUUAUUUUAUGCAUUUGGUUGUCUUGUUGGUUGUAUGUUAGGUGGAGCAGCAUCUGAUAGAUAUGGUAGAAAACCAACUAUUGUUGGUUUUGGUAUCUUAUCAUCAAUAUUUGGAUUAGUACUUCCAUAUUCUACUUAUUUUCCAAUGUUUUUAUUUUUCCGUUUUUGUGGUGCUAUAUGUAAUGAAGCCGCUGAUUUAGCUGCAUACAUUUUAUGUAUGGAAGUAACAGGAACAAGAUAUCGUGCUAUGGUAGGUAGUUUAUUACAAGCACCAUGGGCUGUUGGAUAUGCUAUGUUAGCACUUAUUGCAUAUUAUUGUAAAUCAUGGCAACAUGUUCAACUUAUAACAGCUGCUCUUCAUACAAUAGCUGUAUGUUUAAUAUGUGUUCUUCCUGAAUCUCCACGAUGGUUAAUUGUUAAUAAUAGAGUUGAGGAAGCAGAACGAUAUAUUAGAAGAGCAUGCCAAGAACCACCAUUUCCUUUUUCAAUGUGUAUAUUUAAUAAAUCAUCUCUUCCAUGUGAUCUUGAAUUAGUUAAACAUGCUGAACAACGUCAAUGGAUUCAACAAAAUCAAAGAGCUAAUCUAUUUCAUGUAUUUAAAAGUAAAGCAUUAUGUGUUCGAUCAAUUGUUAUUUGUAUUGUUUGGGUUGCAACAUGUUUGGUUUAUUAUGGUUUAGUUAUUGCAUUUUCUGAUCAAUCUAGUCCAGGAAAAAUUUUAUUCAGUGGUAAUUUUUUUAUUAAUAAUGCUAUUGCUGGUGCUGUUGAGUUACCAACAUUAAUAGGAUGUGUAUAUUUGAUGAAAUAUGGAAGGAAAAGGGCGCAAAUGAUUUCUUUAAUUGGUGCUGCUAUAUUAAUUUUUAUCGCUAUGUUUGCUGUCCAUAAUGAAAGUCAUAAUAUUGCUAUUGUCACAAUGCUUGGAGGUAAAAUAUUUAUUCAAGGUGCCUUCAAUAUACUAUAUAUAUUUACCUCAGAAUUAUAUCCAACUGUCAUUAGAAAUAGUGCUGUUGGUUUUAAUUCAAUGAUAGCUCGAUUUGGCUCAGGUGUUAGUUCAUAUAUUGCAAUAUUAUCAGAUGUUACAUUACCUAUUGUACCUAUGAUGAUAUUUUCAUGUUUUUCAUUAUUUGCUGGUGUUUUAGUAUUAAUAUUACCUGAAACAUUAGAUAGACCAUUACCUGAUACAUUACAAGAUGCUGUUACUUUUCUUAAAAAUGAUAAUAAAUAUCAUUGUUAUGGUUUUAGUAUAGGUACCAAAAAACAUUCUACAUCAAUCAUUUUAACAGGAAAAGAUGGUGAACAAGAUGAUGAUGAUAAAGGUAAAGAAGAUGAUAUUGAUGAUUAUUUACCAAUUGCACAUGAUACAAUAAAAGAAUUACCAGAUGUUAGUAUGGGAAAAAGAAGACGAAGACUGGUUAAUAGUGGGAAUAGAAGGCUAAGUUCUGAUUUCAUGUCACAUCUGAGCUCUCGAAAUACAUCUUCAAUACUAGGUAGUAAUAUAAAAGAUAUUAAUAUUCAAGAGCAAUCAAAUGAACUACUUGACUAG